AUGAUGGAGCAGGGAGUUGGAGCCAACGCUGUGCCUGGUGUUACGGCACCAGGAAAUGUGUACAUGAUCCAGGCCAGGAAUCCUGUGGCUCCUAGGAGCAAAGUGCAGCCUGUGGGCAUGGCCACUUACUUAACAUCCAGAGUGACCGAGAGUGAUGCAGGAAGAGUGAACUCACAGACGCCACGUGUGGUGAUCCAGAAUCCAGCGGGAGUGAACGCCACACAGGGUCCGCCCACUGCGCUUCAGCAUCCGGCAGCAGUGGCCAGUUUGCAGACCCCACCUGGGCAAAUCCAGUACUCACUGGGAACCACAGACCUCCAGACCCUGCCUGGGGGCCCUCAGAAUCCCCCCACAUUUACUCCUGGGCUGAUGUAUACCUCCAACCAGUCCCAAUGGAACAUGCCAUUUGAAUCGUUUUUUACGUUCGAUCCCAAGAAAUUCAUAAAGGAGGAGGUCAGGACACUGGGGGCGACCCAGAUCCUCAUUGGCCUGACUCACAUCUUCACUGCCAUCAAUCCUUCACUGUAUGAGGGAAAUCCUUGUUCCUUUUCCGCGAUGUCAGGGUACCUGAUCUGGGGAGGAAUAUUCUUUAUCAUCUCUGGCUCACUCUCAGUGGAGGCUGAAAAGAACCACAGUUCUUGCAUGGUUCACGGCAGCAUCGGCAUGAAUGUGGUCAGUGCUGUCAUUUCCCUGGCUGGGGUCUUGCUUCUCAUCAUGGAUCUGUGCUUUACCCUGCCGAUUAACGUGAAGGCAAUUUCCGGUGGUCUCCUCCCCUUUGCCCUGCUGGAGUUCUGCCUCACCUGUGUGGUCUCGCAUUUUGGGUGCCAGGCUACGUGCUGGAACCAGUUUAUGAACAGGACAGAGGUCCCGACCAUAGUCAUUGCCAACCCAGCCAACACUGCCACCGGCUCUUUCAGCGCUGCCAGUGAUACCAGUGGCCAUGCCAACGUUACCACCAGCCCUACCAACCCCACCUCCCCCACCAGCGCUGCAGUGAUGGUGCCCCCUGUACCCUCCUGUGAAGAUGUAGCUGGUUUUGCCCAGAAAUAG